AUGAGUUCUAUACUAGAACUUGUUACUGUAAAUGGCCGGCCUUUAUCUAUUAUUGAAGAUUCGGGAUUUCAAAGAAUUAUAAAUCCACUCCUAUCUGGGCUCAAUUUAGUUAUAAACAAAGAAAAUUUAUCCAGAACUAUUAAUAAAACAGCCCAAUCAAUUAGAGACAAAAUAUCGAGAGAGGUAGAAGGAAAAUUAAUAAGUUUAAAAGUUGAUGCAGUUCAACGACUAGAUAGAGCUAUAAAGCUCCUGCAACCUGAAACUGAUUAUGAUAUAAGGAGUGAAUCAGCAGAUGAGGAAAAUAUGGAUUUAACACUAACAGAUUUUUAUGCAGCAUGGUUAAGAUGCUGCAUCGAACUGGAAAAAAAUCCAAACCAUUUUGCUCAAUUACUAUAUUCUUGUCUUAAGAACAGAGAAGAAAGGUUUAUAAAGAACGAAAUUCUCUUAGCUGCCAUAUACCUGGGCCCAAGAUACAAGGUAUUACUUAGUGAUGAUGAUAAGAUUUGUGCGAAAAAACAUCUUGUCAAUUUAUGGAGACGAAUUAAAAGCUUAACAACGCCAAUUUUAUCUGAUGAUAUUAGUUCCGAUGAAGUUAUUGAACAAGAAGAUGAUUUAGAGAAAUUGAUACAACUUAAAGAAAGGCAGGAGAAAAUACUUAAAAGAGGGCCAACGAUUGCUGAGAAAAGUAUUGGAACAAUAAUUACUGGAUUUAGCGAUUAUAUAAGAUUAGAUAAGAAGGAAAAUAUUUUGCAUUUUUGGGAGUCUGCUAAGCUGGAACACCCUGAAUUAUAUAUUUUAUCUAAAAUCUUAUUUGCUGUUCCUGCAACCCAAGUUAGCGUUGAAAGAUCUUUUUCACAUUUGAAAUUCAUUCUUUCACCACAUAGAUCGAGGAUGAGUGAACAACUCUUGGAAGAUAUUAUGCUAAUACGUCUAAAUAAAAUUUUUAAAAUUGAUACAUGACUAUAUGCUUUGUAUUUUUAACUAUA